ACGCUUCACACACAGACACCCUCCCUCUUCAAGGCACCCUGUGCGACCUCUCACCAUUGGCCAAGUCCCGGAGCCCUCAGCAUCUCCAUCACGGCUGAAGGGACCAUUCGGGAAAGCAGGAGACAGAGGUGGAAUAUGAGGAUGCUGGUGAGGCUCGUGUUGGGACUCCUCGUCCUCAAAGCAGUGGUGGCCAGCCCCAGACUUUCCCGACAAGUGAACUUGGACACAUACGACAGCGCCAACUAUGAUGAGGAUCUAGACAAUUUAAAUGUCGAUGAAUAUGAAGAUGGGCUGAUAAUUGAUGAUCCUCAGCUAGAGAUUGGAACACUGGCCCCACCUGACUAUAACUACCCUGUACCCGAGGUGGAACAGGAAGAAGAGGAAGAGGAGGAGGAGUUGCCCCUGAAACCCCAGCUCAUCCCUCAGGGUUCAGGGGGAUCUGGGGUUCUUAUGGGCCCAGACACACAGAAAGAGGUGGAGCUGCGUCUGAUGCCCAUUGACAUCCUUCAUGUCUCCGGGGAUUUUGGGGGUUCCGUAGGGUCUGGGGCCUCAGCAGCUUCUGGGGCUUCUGGGUCUGGAGACUCAGAAGAUCUUCUGGUCUCCAGUGCCUCUGGGGGUUCUGGUGACAUUGUCCUAAUAUCUGGAGCCUCUGAGGAGCUCCUCAGCUCUGGGGGAUCUGGAGAGUUCUUGGUAUCUGGGGAUAUCUUAAUAUCUGGGGAUAUCUGGGGAUCUGGGGAUCUCUCUGGAUCUGAAGAUAUCAUGGGAUCCGCAACUUCUGGAGCCUCUGGGGACAUUGGCUCUGGAGGUUCCGGGAUUUCUAUUGAAUUGCCCCCGGGCUCUGGAGGGUCUGGGGACCAGUCUGGUUCUGGGUUCUCUGGGGAUCUCUUGAUCUCAGGGGCCUCCGGAAGCUCUGGGGUUUCUGGGGACUCUGGUGAGUCCGGGGACUCAGGGAUAACUUUGUUAUCUGGAGAGGAGGAGCUGUCCUUCAUUCCCGACACUAUCCCCCAAGAGGCAUCAGCUGCUUCUGGGGAUUUCUCAGGAGCUUCAGGAAUCUCAGGGGCCUCAGGGGACAUUGGAGCCUCUGGAGACUUAGGUGUCUCUGGAGUCUCUGGGGGUUCUGGUGUCUCCGGCUCUGGAGACAUAGAGCUCCCUGAGGUAACUCUGGUCCCUGACAUUGACAAAGAGGAGGGGCUGCUUCCAACAACACCAGAAACCCCUCAGGAGGGUACUGGCGGUAUAGAAGGGUCAGUGAGCUCUGGAUUGCCAGAGCCUGGUGAACCUGACGAGCCUGAUGAGCCUGUGGUUGACAGACGAGGAAUGCCCACUUGCUUGCUGUGCACGUGCCUUGGUGGUUCUGUCUACUGUGAUGACUUGAAGUUGGAUAGCGUACCACCUCUCCCCAAAGACACCACUCACUUCUACGCACGCUACAACAGAAUCAUCAAGAUCAACAAGUCCGACUUCGCCUCCAUGAACAAGCUGAAAAAGAUAGACUUAACCGCCAACGAGAUAAGAGCCAUCGAUGAUAAAGCCUUUUUGGGUCUGCCUGAGCUGGAGGAGCUGGUGAUCCGAGAAAAUCACAUCUCACAGCUGCCUGCUCUCCCAGAGACCAUGACCCUGAUUGAUGCCAGCCACAACAACAUUGGCACCAAGGGUAUUCACAAAGAGGCGUUCAAAGACAUGACUGGCCUGCUGUACCUGUACCUAACAGACAACCACAUUGAUUACAUCCCUGUGCCUCUACCAGACAGCCUGCGAUCUCUACACCUACAGCGUAACAAUAUUCAAAUGAUGCACGAGGACACAUUCUGCAACCUGAAAGAUUUCAGCUACAUCAGGAAUGCACUGGAGGACAUCCGCCUGGACGGCAAUCCCAUCAACCUUAGCAGAACCCCGCAGGCUUACAUCUGCCUGCCCCGUAUACCCAUCGGGGAUCUCAUUUAACCACACAGACACAUACUUACACUCUUGCACACUGACUCCCACGAAUACAACCACAUGCACACAUCUUUGUACAUAUUGACACACAAGACAACACACACAGACAUGUACACCAUUUAUUCAUUCAUCAAACAUUCAAUCAGUUACUACAGCAUAUUUUAAAACUGUCAAACAUGCUGCUCACAUAUGCUACAGAUCAGUUAAACUUUGUGUGGAAAUUUAUGUUUAAUAAAAAUCCACAAACAUGUAAAGUAUGAGUCAGAUUCUGGUGAUCAAGCACAUAUACACUGCUCCACUGCACCUUUUUUCUUUCCUGUUGUUCAGACUUCUAAGCCAGGUAUAACACAAAAACACAUACACACUGAAACAGUCUGGACCCUCAUAUGAACACACACACAUAAAUACACACACAUGCACACGAGAACUUUGUCAAAAGCCAAACUGUUCCUCAACUUGAUUAAAUGUAAACAAUAGGUGUCAUUUGGAGAAAUCAGUUUAUUGAAAACCCUCAAACAACAUGUAUGUCUCUGUUUAGUGCCUGUUCAAGACUGGCAAAAAACACAACCAGUGAUAUUGUUUAAAGAUGUUUGUUUUGUAAAAAUAAAUAAUAAUAUUAAUAUUAAUGAUGAAUCUAACACUUUUGGAAAUGUAUACUAGCAUAAACUUAUUGAAGCUGGAGCUUAACAAAAGGAAAAUUGAGUAUCUAAUGCAAUAAAAGAAGCAUUUAAACACAAUCAUUUGUUGUAAAGUCUGUAAUAUAAAAAUAUAUAUUCUGGAAAAAAGAUUUUUUACAUGAACUGCAAUAUUUGGUAUAUUACAUUUCAAAAAGUGAUGUUUUAACCAUGCACAAUAGCCUAUACCAAAGACUCUAAUGUCUAGGGUUGACCAAAUAAAGACUAUUGUUUCAUUUGGGAGGGGGGUUGUUGAAUUUGAUUGUGGAUGGGGUUGAGAAUAAUGCUAAUAGCUUGCUAUUGUGUGCUCUGUAUGGAAUAACCACAAGUGAAUAAAGAUUU